GUAAAAAGUGACAACAGUCAAAAAUUGCCAGACCAACAUUUUCUCCUGUUGGCUAUGAAGGAGGAAGAUAUAAUAACAGCAGACACCAAAAAAACAAACAGAGUUCACGAGCAUGAAAAAGAAAACACCCGUUCUGUCUGUCUUCUUGAACAGAAACGCAAGGUUGUUUCUUCAAAUAUUGAUGUGCCUCCAGCAAGAAAAUCUUCAGAAGAACUGGACAUGGAUAAAGUGACAGCAGCUAUGGUACUAACCAGUUUGUCCACCAGCCCUUUGGUUCGCAGCCCUCCUGUCCGACCCAGUGAUUCUCUGAAUGGAUCUUGGAAGGAAGGAGGAUUUGUGCCUUCCAGUACCAGCAGCAGUGGAUACUGGAGCUGGAGUGCUCCAAGUGAUCAGUCUAAUCCAUCCACCCCAUCUCCACCUCUGUCUGCCGAUAGCUUCAAACCUUUUCGAACACCUUCCCAGCCAGAUGAUGGUAUUGAUGAAGCUGAAACAAGCAACCUUCUCUUUGAUGAACCCAUCCCUAGGAAGAGAAAGAAUUCCAUGAAGGUGAUGUUCAAAUGCCUUUGGAAGAACUGUGGAAAGGUACUGAGCACAGCUGCAGGGAUUCAGAAACACAUCCGGACCAUUCACCUUGGACGAGUAGGAGAGUCUGACUACAGUGAUGGAGAAGAAGAUUUUUAUUAUACAGAGAUCAGACUUAACACAGAUUCAGUGGCUGAUGGCUUAAGCAGUCUUUCUCCAGUCUCUCCAUCUCUAGCAUCUCCUCCUUCUUUUCCAACCCAAGAUGUAAGCCGUCCUGAAACAUCAUGUGCCAAAACUGAGACUAAAGUGAUGACACCUCUGAGCCGCUCAGCUCCUACCAAUCUCUACCUCGUACACACGGACCAUGCUUACCAGGCCACGCCUCCAGUGAACAUUCCAGGGUCAACGAAGUUCACUCCCAAUGGCAGUAGCUUUAGCAUCUCUUGGCAGUCACCUCCAGUUACCUUCACUGGCAUUCCGGUCUCUCCAACUCGUAAUCAUCCUGCAGGGAGUGGAGAGCAGAAACAGACUCACACAGUUCUCUCAUCACCACCCAGAGUAACAUUUGGCCUGAG